AUGUAUCGACAACGGCUAUCUGGUGUUUCAAACAGCCCACCAAGCAUGCGCUCUCCGCCCCGAAACCGCACAUUUCAUCCAUACACGGACCCGGUGGCUGGCUAUCAAAAUCAGGCGUCAGGACCCAACCUUGAGCGUGGCUACGGGUGGACUCCAUCCCCUCAACAGCAACUAGGUCAACGAGUACCUGAUACUCAAUCACAGAGAGCAGACCACUUGCUUGCUACAAGGCGCCUCACAUACGCUGAGGUUCUCCAGAAACAGACGCCUUUUGCCAACCAGUACAACUCAGCACGUCCAUCAGGGCUUGGCUCCAUUCUCGCUGAGAAUAUGCAGCCUUGGGCCCCCCCUCGUCGCGGUCCCGGCACAGUAGAUGUCCCCUCGGAUCAAGACCCCUCAUCCUAUGAAAGGAUAUUCGCGAUGUACACUAAUGGGGGCAACUCAGAAGGUGCGCGCGAGCCAUCUCCUUAUCACAACAGCAUAGCUUCCGGAAGUUCUGUGUUGCCAACACCUUCGGGACCAGUGCAUGGAAAUCUGGGGAAUGAUGAUGAACCCUGGUCGACUGUCCACCAGAGAGGAUACGAAAACCGUAUGGGGUUAAUAAGGCCGCAUCUUCCAUCAAUGCCGCAAAUGGAUCCAAGUGCAUUUCAAGACAAUCAUGCCAGCGAAGGCACUUAUUUGACUUCCCCCGACCUGUACAACCUAUCGCAUGUACAGUGCUUCAACAAGGACAUCCAAAGCACAAUCCAGCCUGUCCAGCCUACCAGAACCAACAGUGGAUACGGACAAGCCGACUAUGGAGUUACCAAAAACACAAAUCAUCUGAGAGCUCCAAGGCAGGUCCCCAACCAGCGUGCUUCGGGCGGUGUUAAUACCCACCGGGUCAAUACCAACCCUGUUGCCCGGUCGGGUGAUGGUCGCUCCUACGGUUCCCCUUCGACUACCUCGAUGCAUCGCGACUCUCUGCAUUGCCCUCACUGCGACACAAAGUUCACAGGAAAUAAGUAUGGGAAGGGAAAUCUUGCUAGGCACAUUCGCCAUAAGCACCAAGACCAUCCUAAGAUUUCUUGCGGAUACUGUGGUGAACUGUUUCAGCGAACUGAUGCCCGUCUCAAACAUCACCGGAAAAAACACCCAGAGCUCGAGCCUCCCACGCCAAACUCUCAAAGGUCGGGGCAAAGUAGCACCCAAACCCGGACCGGCCCAACACACGACGUACACAGCAAUGAAAGUCGCAGCUUCAAUGGCUUUGAGGCAUUCCAGGACUACUUUUACUACCCUGGAAACAUGGGACAACCAGAACCACAUCCUGAUGACCUCCGUGGACUUACAGAUUCGUAA